UGGUAUUGGGAAACAACCUCCACCGACCUUCCUUUCAUUCCUGUAAUCCGUCUGCGUUGGGUGUGCUCCGUAGCUAGCCACGGCACACAUUUUAUUAUUAUGAAACAAACCAAAAGCUAGACCGCACACGCAGACAUAUUUUUAUAAGAAAAAAAAAUCGGUGAAGCAGGAUUUCAUUUGCCAACUCAAGCAACGCCAAGAGGGAAGAAGAACCAUAGACGUAACGAGAAGGACGCUGGCAAGCUAACGUUAAGAUAACCGCCAUUACAGAAAGCGUGGGUAAUAACUCAAGCCGCUGUGUUGAGCACGUUUAUGAUUUCGGGGUUGCUCGUUAGUGUUAAUUAAGCACGUAUCUGUGUAAAUUUACGGACAUGUUUUGUUCAGAUUGAAACGGUGUAGAUAGAAAUUAGUGCUCCUUGAGCCGCAUCAGUUAGGCCGCGCAUCGAUAGCUUGCUGCUCUUGCUAGCUUAGCCCACGUUGUCACCUUUGGAGAGGAACGUGAGGAACGACUCGUUUGGGGCGAGCGACACUUGCCAUUACGUGUCUUUGGUGUCUGAACACGCGUCGUCGACAUGAACCCCAGCGCGCCUAGCUACCCCAUGGCCUCCCUCUAUGUGGGAGACCUGCAUCCAGACGUUACCGAAGCCAUGCUCUACGAGAAAUUCAGCCCGGCUGGGCCCAUCUUGUCUAUCAGGGUGUGCAGAGACAUGAUCACCCGUCGAUCCCUCGGUUACGCCUAUGUGAACUUCCAGCAGCCCGCAGAUGCUGAGAGAGCCCUGGACACCAUGAAUUUUGAUGUGAUCAAAGGCAGACCACUUCGCAUCAUGUGGUCUCAGCGGGACCCCUCCCUGAGGAAGAGUGGAGUGGGCAACAUAUUCAUUAAGAACCUCGACAAGUCCAUUGACAACAAGGCACUCUACGAUACCUUCUCAGCAUUUGGAAAUAUCCUGUCCUGCAAGGUGGUUUGUGAUGAAAAUGGCUCAAAGGGUUAUGGCUUUGUGCACUUUGAGACCCACGAGGCUGCCGAGCGGGCCAUUGAGAAAAUGAAUGGCAUGCUGCUCAAUGACAGGAAAGUGUUUGUUGGACGCUUCAAAUCACGCAAAGAGAGGGAAGCAGAGCUUGGGGCCCGUGCAAGGGAAUUCACCAAUGUUUAUAUCAAGAACUUUGGGGAGGACAUGGAUGAUGAGAAGCUCAAGGAGUUGUUUGGAAAAUAUGGGCCCGCUCUCAGUAUACGUGUUAUGACUGACGAGAGUGGCAAGUCCAAAGGAUUUGGCUUUGUCAGUUUCGAGAGACACGAAGAUGCACAAAAGGCUGUGGAUGAUAUGAAUGGUAAAGAACUAAACGGCAGACAAGUUUAUGUGGGCCGUGCACAGAAAAAAGGGGAGCGCCAGAACGAGCUGAAGCGUAAAUUUGAGCAGAUGAAACAGGAUCGCAUGACCAGAUACCAGGGCGUCAACCUGUAUGUGAAAAACCUGGAUGACGGCCUUGAUGAUGAGCGUCUGCGUAAAGAAUUCUCUCCAUUUGGAACAAUAACUAGUGCUAAGGUUAUGAUGGAAGGCGGACGCAGCAAAGGCUUUGGCUUUGUGUGCUUUUCUUCUCCGGAAGAGGCCACCAAAGCCGUAACAGAGAUGAAUGGCCGUAUUGUUGCCACUAAACCAUUGUAUGUGGCCCUGGCUCAACGCAAAGAAGAGCGCCAGGCCCAUCUAACCAAUCAGUACAUGCAGAGGAUGGCCACAGUCCGCGCUGUGCCCAACCCUGUCCUUAACCCUUACCAGGCUGCUCCACCUUCUGGCUACUUCAUGGCGGCUAUACCUCAGGCCCAAAACCGUGCUGCAUAUUACUCUGCCAACCAGCUAGCUCAGCUGCGUCCCAGCCCGCGAUGGGCUGCUCAGGGAGUGCGUCCACAGCACUUCCAGAACAUGCCCAGUGCCAUGCGCCCGUCGGCUCCCAGACCCCAGACUUUCAGCACGAUCCGUCCUACCGCAACCACCAACACCCAGGUCCCACGUAUGAUGGCUUCUCAACGCAUGCCCACCCAGGCCCUCAGCCAGCGCCCCGCCAGCGCUUCAGCCACUGCCGCUCCAGUGCGGGCCAUGCCCCACUACAAAUAUGCUGCCGGAGUUCGCAACCCUCAGCAGCACAUGGCCUCCCAGCCACAAGUCAACAUGCAGCAGCCGGCUGUCCAUGUUCAAGGACAGGAGCCCCUGACCGCCUCCAUGCUGGCAGCUGCCCCUCCUCAGGAACAGAAACAAAUGCUGGGUGAGCGACUGUUCCCCCUGAUUCAGACCAUGCACCCCAGUCUGGCGGGCAAGAUCACUGGCAUGCUGCUGGAGAUUGACAACUCUGAGCUUCUUCACAUGCUUGAAUCGCCUGAAUCUCUGCGCUCAAAGGUGGAUGAGGCUGUUGCAGUGCUCCAGGCCCACCAGGCCAAGGAAGCUGCUCAGAAGUCCACCACGCCCGCUGGUGUUCCCAGUGUCUAAGAUUGAGCAAUUUGAAACCUGCUUCACCGAUGGAAAAAGAGAAAAAAAUUUAAACAUUGAAAAAUCCAAAACUCAGAAAACAUCGCAAAAUGAUAAAUUUUUUCUUAAAAAAAGAAAACUAUUUACUCUGCCAGGUCUAGGAAGGGUUUGACUAGACCUUGAUCAUAAACAAAAAAAGUAUUGAAAAAAAAAAGCAAAAUCAUCAAAAUUCAAUUGUAAAUGUGAAUGCAUUCCUCUUUUAUGUCAUUUUACUGUGUCAGUGCCAUGGACUAGAAUAUUAGUCAUGGCACAGGAUGGGGUUACCAGAGCAUUUGGAAAGUUUAUAGUAAAAUGCUGGUUAAUAAAUUGUCAUUCAAAA